CAAAAGGCAGGUCACAUAAGCGGCAGGAUGUUCACCGCUUUAAAAAAAAAGUCAAUAGGACCGCAAGAUGAAUAUAAGAAAGCGCAGACAUCCCAGAACUUCAAACCAACAAGCGACACUGUGGAACAAUACAUUUUACUGUUUGGACAAAUCAUUCAGGAAUUAUGGAACUUUACAAGAAACAGAUCAUUGGAGGACUCGCGCUCGGAAUUCUAGGAUGGCUAUUUGUUCUAGUCUCUAUGUGUGUCAAUGGCUGGUUUACCUACGGAGAAAAACCUGAUCAUGUCUAUGCAGGAAUAUUUGAAACAUGCGGAAACAAUUUUUGCUUUAGUAAUGAUGUAGGAGCUGGACAAUAUCUCGGCAAAGUGUUUGGCUUUGCAACACUUACUUCCAUUUUCCCAGCGACUCUACUAUUUAUUUACGUCUUUAAAUAUAUCGUGAGAUCGAAGGAGGAGAACAUUCUGUUUCCAGGAUUUGCAAUACUGUUUUAUCUUAUUGAGGCUGUUUCGGGCUUCCUGACGGUCGUUCUGUUCCCCACCCUUGGGAAAAACGACAUUGAGAACCUGAUCAUAAUCAGGGCCGGAUUCCGGACGGAUCUGAAAGUCAGCUUCUGCCUUGGCCUGAUGAUGAUUGGCAUCUUUCUAAACACUAUGAGCAUGGUGGCCUGCUUCCUGCACCUCAAGAACAUGCCUUCAACACCAAAAGUCAGCGAGACAGCAGCAGCCAACACAGAAGAGGUAGUCGUGGACCCUGGAAAAGUAUAGGUUGGGAAACAGAGAAACUCUUACAGUAAAUGUUUGUAUAUAUAAAUUAUUCAUUCGUCAAUCAAGCCAGAGUUGAAAGCCAAUACCUUCAUUGUAUUAUUUGUUAAGUUUGUAAUUUAAUAGUGUUGAUAUGAUAAAUAUAUGUAAACUACAUUGAACUGUUGUAUAUAUAAUCUGUAUAUGUGUAGAUAGAAAUGAAUAAGUUAAUACAUACAGCACAACAUAUGAUGAAAACAUGUUUAGAGCCAAAUACAUUUUUUUAUUCUUCUAAUUAAAAGAAAAUAUAGAAUGCACGUACACUCAUUCAGUCAUGUGCAGUCAUGUGCAGUCAUGUAAUUUUCGUGUAUACAAUUAAAGUUUGUGUAAGGACGUAGGCCUGUAUAUUAAAUGCAGAGAUGGAGGGAGGGCAGGCAAAUAGGGGAGACCACCCUAGACAGGGCAUCAUGAUCUAUAGUGUAUACGAAGCACGAAAACCAUAACACAGUAUCAUGAAUAAUAUUGCUGCUAUUGUCUUUUAGAUUGUUUAAAACAUAUUAUAAUACAUAUACAUAGUUAUUUAUAGUAACAAUAAAGAAAUGCUUAAAGUAUCACCCACUAUUGACAAUAAAAAUGAAUGACUAACUCAUGAUUAUAAAAAAAAUAUAAACCAAUACCUUUAAAAAAAAAGACACUACAUGUGUCAUUCAACUUACAAAGUGAAUAUUUUUCCUUCUUAACAACUAAUGAAUGAUGGAUAGUUUUUAAAAAGGAACAUUUUUAUUUGUUUUAUAAGAUUGACUCUAUAAGAGUUUUAAUGUGUAAUUAACCUGAACGACAAAAUGUACAUUGAAAGUAUUCUGUAUAGGAUGUAUUGAGAUGUAUUGAGAUGUAUUGAGAUGUAUUGAGAUGUAUGUAAUUUUAAAAACAAACUUUCAUGUAUAGGAUGUAUUUCAUGUAUUGAUAUGCAUGUAAUUUAAAAACAAACUUUCAUGUAUAGGAUAAGAAACUGAGUUGAAUGUGUUUUUAUCUACAUCUCAAAACCCUAGAAACUUUGUGUUGAUAUUUUAUGUUUUGUUAAAUUGUUGAGAUCUGAAUGUUAUCUGAUAAAAUAAUAAAACAAAUUACACCUUAA